ACAUUCUCAACCAACACAAAAACUCUUGAAAACUAGUUAGUUUGUGGAGAACACAGAAAUAGUUAACAGGAGCCAUGGCAGCCUCACUUCAAGCAGCUGCAACUCUCAUGCAACCUACAAAAUUGCGUGGCAACACUUUGCAGCUUAAGUCUAACCAAUCUGUUUCUAAGGCCUUUGGUUUGGAACACUAUGGAGCUAAGGUUACUUGUUCCCUUCAGUCUGAUUUCAAGGAGUUGGCUAACAAGUGUGUUGAAGCUUCUAAGAUUGCAGGAUUUGCUCUUGCCACUUCUGCUCUUGUUGUCUCUGGAGCAAGUGCAGAAGGUGCUCCAAAGAGGCUAACUUUCGACGAAAUCCAAAGCAAAACAUACUUGGAAGUCAAGGGAACAGGAACUGCAAACCAGUGUCCAACCAUUGAUGGAGGAGUAGACUCAUUCGCCUUCAAGGCAGGAAAGUACAAUGCCAAGAAAUUCUGCCUUGAACCAACUUCAUUCACAGUAAAAUCAGAAGGCGUAACCAAAAACACCCCGCUCGCCUUCCAAAACACCAAGCUCAUGACACGUUUAACCUACACGCUCGACGAGAUUGAAGGACCUUUCGAGGUGUCAUCAGACGGGACUGUCAAGUUCGAGGAGAAAGACGGAAUUGAUUACGCUGCAGUCACUGUUCAGCUUCCUGGAGGCGAGCGUGUCCCGUUCCUUUUCACCAUCAAGCAGUUGGUAGCAUCAGGGAAACCUGAUAGCUUCAGCGGUGAGUAUUUGGUGCCAUCAUACAGAGGAAGUUCUUUCUUGGACCCAAAGGGAAGAGGUGCAUCGACCGGUUAUGACAACGCGGUUGCAUUGCCAGCUGGUGGAAGAGGUGAUGAAGAAGAACUUGGAAAGGAAAACAACAAGAGUGCUGCAUCAUCAAAAGGGAAAAUCACAUUGAGUGUUACUCAGACUAAGCCUGAGACUGGUGAGAUUAUUGGUGUGUUUGAGAGUAUUCAGCCAUCUGAUACUGAUUUGGGAGCAAAAGCUCCCAAGGAUGUUAAGAUCCAAGGUGUUUGGUAUGCUCAGCUUGAAUCAUAGAUAGCUUCUUUGUUAUGGUUUGUUUUGUUGUAAACUUCAAGAUAUUGAUGCAUUAUCCUUUGACUAAACAAUUUCCAAGAGCUGAGAGGAUUAUCAUGUUUAUAUAUUAUAUCGAUGUUCAAUUACAAUAUGCUUAUAAUGUCGAGCUUAAUUGAAUUUCUAUGGUAUUUUGUUGUUGAAA